ACACACACCCUCUAGAACCGGUGGAUGAACUUCAGCAGGAUAACGGAUGAACGCAUCAGACAGAUAGCUAGCAAAAUGCACAGCAUACUAUGAACUCCAGAUGUCAAUGUAUUGGAAGAGAACACCCGCCCACGACGAGUGAGUCACACUUUUAAAGUAGCUGAAUAAGUGAGCGACAGUGCGGACGGGGAGUUUCUGCGUGGGGUAUUUAACUUCUUUCUGGUACUUAAAGCUCUCCCGGCUGCGGCGUUUAUGGAGAAGCGCAGCAUCGAGCUCGAGCCGCCACACGGACUGAUAGUUGCUGCGCGAGGCGCUGGUGUCAGGUAUGGAUAGCGCGCGGGAUACCUGCGGACGCCGGUGCGCAUCUUCGUAAAGUGCGACACUUCGAGACCGACGAGGCCGAAAACUUUAUUUGUCCUGAGUCAAAAAGUUGGAGAGCGAAAAAAAAAAAAAAAAAAAGGACACGUGCGCUUUUUUUGGCAAGCUGCAAAACAAACAGUCCAGAGUGAAGUACUUUCACAGCCUGUAGGCUUCACGGGAAGCUUUGAAGUGGAGAAGAUGAGUCAAGAGGUCCCGAGAAGAUUUCAGAUGCUGCUUGUGCUCUGGUCAAUACUUCUUGUGAGUUUGGUGACAGGGUUACCUACCAGACGCAAGAAUAUUGCCCACAAAGCCCAUGGCCAGUCAGUUCGUAGUGGUGGGGUCCAGUAUGUCUCUGAGGCUUUGGAGCAGCAGAACCAGGUUCAGAGUCUGCUGCCUGAGCCCCACAGCCACCAGAGGAGGUGGUCUCACCCCCAGCACCGCUCGCUUGGAGUUCUUCCACAGCCUGAACCUGAGGAGGAGACCAAACCCUUUAUAUUGGAUCUGAAAAACUUUCCAGACCUGGCCAAUGCUGACAUUAACUCACAGAACCCCAACAUACAGGUAACCAUUGAAGUGGUUGACGAUCCUCAGAUGGAAGUGGAGAUGGACCUUGCCAAGGAAAAAGACUGGCUACCCUCCUCUUCCUCCUCCCCUUCUUCCACAGUAGAUCUGCUCGGAGGCAAGAAGCUUUUCUGGCCCCUGUUUUGGAGUUAUACCGAUUCCAGUGAGGACAGCAACAGCCGGUCAGGCGUGGAAGAAACUGGCGAGGAAGAGGAGGAGGAAGAUUACUCUUUGGAUUAUGGUAGUGAGGAGCCCUUACCCAGCGGAGUAGGUGGAGACUGGGAUACUCGCUGGAACGAAGGCUGGGAUCCAAUGCAGAGUUACUAUGAGAAGGACAUAGAUGAUUGGACGCCCUGGUCUCCCUGUUCAGUGACAUGUGGACAUGGUGAGAGGAAGAGGACCAAGUCCUGUGGGUACUCCUGUACGCUGACAGAAGCUUCUAAAUGUGACCUGGAGCCUUGCCCUGGUGAUGUCAAUACUGUGGUGGAGCCUUUCCCUUUUGAAAUGGAAAAUGGCACAGAGCCUUUUGGGACAGAUGUAGACAGCUGCGAGAAAUGGCUCAACUGUAAGAGUGAGUUCCUACAGAGGUACCUCCAUCAGGUUUUGUCUGAGCUGCCCAACUGCCCCUGUUCCUACCCUUUCGAAGCAGCGUACACUGUGGUCAGUGUCUACGAUGAGACUCACGGACAGCCGUUCCGCUGGCACGAUGCCAGUGGCCCCAAGGAGCGCCUGGACAUCUACAAGCCUUCAGCUCGUAGCUGCAUCCGCUCAGCACUUUCCAGUGACUCGUCUACCCUCGCAGCACAGCACUGUUGUUAUGAUGACCGUGGACGGCUGAUCACACGGGGGAAAGGCGCAGGCACGCCUAACCUGAUUAGCACCGAGUUCUCACCUGAGCUGCAUUUCAAAGUGGAUGUUUUGCCUUGGAUUCUGUGCAAGGGAGAUUGGAGUCGCUUCCAUGCGGUGCGGCCACCCAAUAAUGGACUGAGUUGCCCAGAAAACCCCCAUGAGGAUGUGUUCAUGAAUGAACUGGAAGAGGCCAGGGAGUACUGAGGGACCACAGCCAAAACUACCACUUCACUCAGAGAGUCAGAGGGCCCAAUCCUAAUUUGAGAGGAGGUAGCCUACCUUAAAAGUCAAGAAAUGCUACAUGAAAACCAUCAAACCACAACCAUUAAAUAGACAUGACUUAAAAGAAAUGUACAGAUUAGGAGUUUUGUGGGGUUUAGGAAUAAUGGUGAAGUUCGGUUUUCUCAAGUUAGGAUUUGGCACAGUAUCCUGAUAUCAGGCUUGACUGAGCUGAAAUGGAAAAAAAAAAUACCAACAAAAACAUGCAGUGUUGUCCCAUCAUUUGCCAACCUGUUGUACAUCUGGCAUGACACCAAGCUCUUUUUAUAUUCAGUGCUCACUCCUGGGUGCGUGUAAGCAUGAUGUCUACCUACUGGCUUUUUUGAUGGUAUUUUGCAGCGUUUGUGAUUGACAUUACCAACAUUAUAAAAACAUCCUGAUCAUGCUUCUUUUAGAUUUUACAUGAGGAAAUUCAUUGCAUAUGAGCUUGAUUUAUUGAUGGAACAAGCACAUGGCUUGGACGGAGUCCAACAGAUAAAUAUCCUAACUAUGCUGCUACAGUAUAAAAUCCGUCAGGUUUUAAAAAGGCAUUAUAAGGGGAACAAUACAGUGUUUUCAAAGGACACAAUCUUCUGAAAUGUACAUUCAGCCAGUCCUCUGAGUUAUUUAACUGCAGGAAGAGGUUACUGAGAAAUUUAGGUUUUUCUCAACCAGAGAACUAAGCUAAAAAGAUUUGAAACCUUCAAUUGCAAGUGCUUAGUUUGCUAGUGAGAUUAUUACUAUUAUUAGUCUUCAGGUAGAAAUUAUUAAGGAACAGCUCAUUUGUUUUCAAAUGUUAUUUUACACAGAUUGAUUUCAUGUGUUUCCACACUUUUUUUUUUUCACAGCUAGGAAAUACAUAUGAUCUGGGUGCCAAAGAGAUAAAACAAAAGUCUGACUGUCGGUGCCUGUGUAAAUCCCACCUCCAAGUCUCCACACGGUGUGGGGAAAACAUUAAGUUCUGCAGUGAUUAGAUUUUGUCUCUGCUAUCUUCUCAGGGGGACUAGCUGACCAUCACAACAAAUUUUCGCAUUUACCUCGACAGCGGAGCACUAUUGGAACUUGUACAGUGUUUUGGGGUAAAGAUUAGUAGAAGAGUGUUGGGUGUGUAAUUGAAAUUGUUGAACAGAUGAUGCUUUAGUGCACUUGGAGCCCUUUGAUCCCUGUUGUUGAUGCAUUGUGUGGUAGAAAGAUGUUUGCUGUUUAGGGUCUUUGAGUUUAUGUACAGUGCUUGAUUGGAUAGAAAGGACAAUCCUUCUCAAAUAAACAUCCCUGAGAGGUCAUUUAGGUGUUGGCCAGUAAGCAGGCUGACACAAGAUACCGGUAAAUAGUCUCUUGCCAUUAUAUGGUAUAUGUUCCUAAGUGUGGCUUGUAAGAUUGAUAAGGCGGCUGUUUAACCACUUUAGUUUUAUGUGAACUCUGUACAUCAUUUAAACGAUCCUCAUGUUCCACUUGUCCUUUCUAUCCAAUCUAAUAAUAUGGAUGUUUGCUCCAAACCUUUAUAUUUUCAGGAAGUCUGCAUCCAGAUGCAUUUAUGCAAUCAUGCAUUUGCAUUUUGGCAUCACCAGUUUUAAAGAAAAGGCACUUUACUUUUGCCAUUUGUUGAUGAGAGUGCUAUUGUGAAGGGAAACUCGCCAGAAAUGCUGCAUUGUUAUAUGAAGGUGCAUAUACAUAUAACUGUUCUGUUGAGAAAAGCAUGACCUUUUUGUGACUUCUGAAUCUAGUAUUACAUAUAUGGUGUUGUACAGUAUUUAUUUGUCUGUUCUCCUUUUUUUAAGUUUGCUGAAGCUUUGAAAUGACUUUAUUCUUAUCAUGGUGCACUAGUAAGACUCAAUAAUGAAGGCAUCCAUUAACUAAAGGGAAACCUCCUGCCUCAUAUCACUUCAUACAACAACAACAGGUGUCUGUGUUUUAUUCUGUUGUGCUGCAGUACUCUAUAAAUAUGUUGCAAUUAUACUGAAGAAAUCUAAAUCUAUAUAUAUAUAUAUAUAUAUA